AUGGUGCGACGCAAAUACCCAGGCUGGGAAAGAAGGGAGAACGACAGAAACCGCAGUCACUGGAUAACACAUCGGCAGCAAGGCACUUCCGGUGCAGACCCAAAUCGUCAGCAACUGGGACGGAAAUGGGACGUCCACUUCCUUCCCAAGCUCCGCCCAGCAGAGUCGGCCGGACUACACUUCCCAGAAAGCAUUGCGCGGGGGCGGAGGCGGCAGGGAUGCGAUGGCGGAGUCGCUGCCCCUGGAGAUGCUCACUUAUAUUCUGAGCUUCCUGCCUCUGUCAGACCAAAAAGAGGCCUCCCUCGUGAGUCGGCUUGGUACUGUGCAGCCCGGAAUGCCCUUCAGGAGAGCCACGUGCGGUACAACAUCCCCGUGUCCUCUUCCUCCCUUCCGGCCAUUAAGCGCCUGGGUCUCAGGGGCAUCUCCUGCAUCAGCCUGACCAACCUGGAUGGCUCGCCGGCUUCACACGAGGUGCUGCAGUGUGUUGCCGACCACCUAGGGCCGCACUUACAGAGCCUGUGCCUUGGUGGAGGCAGUCCCACAGAGGCCUCCUUCGUGGCUCUGAUCCUGGGCUGCCCGGCCCUGCGUAUCCUUGACCUCAGUGGCUGCAACAGCCUCUUCACGUCAGGCAUGCUGCUGGCUCAGCCCGAGACGGCGCAGCGGGUCCAGCAGGCCCUGAGCGGCCUCCGUGAGCUCAGUCUGGCUAGCCUGAGGGACCUGGCCGAUCUCAGCUUCAACCGGCUCAGCAGCUGCGCCCCCAGCCUGGAGCGCCUCUCCUUGGCCUACUGCCACCUCACCUUCGAACUGGGCCCAGCCCGGGGCUCCCUUGGCCCCCAGGACUCCUCCCCCUCCCAACUCUCCUUCUGCAACCUGCUGCGGUUUGUGAAGGAGCGGGCUGCUAGGCUGCACGCCCUGGACCUGAGUGGCACUGGCUUGCCCCCCGAGGCCCUGCAGGCCCUGGGCCAAGUGGCCAGGCUGAGGCUGCAGGAGCUGAGCCUGCACAGCUGCCGGGACCUCUCCACAGAGGCCGUGGCCGCCCUUUGCUGCCAGCAACCAGGCCUUACCUCCCUGGACCUCAGCGGCUGCUCAGAACUGGCUGACGGGGCAAUCUUGGCUGUGAGCCGGGGCCUGCGGCACCUGCAGCGGCUGAGUCUGAGGAAGCUGCAGCGGCUGACGGAUGCAGGAUGCUCAGCGCUGGGGGGGCUGCGGGAGCUGCAGAGCCUGGACCUGGCCGAGUGCUGCCUGCUGAGAGGGCGGGCGUUGGCCCAGGCCCUGGGCUCGGUGCGCGGAGCUCCACCCCCACUGGCCUCCCUCAGCCUGGCCCACUGCUCCUCACUCAAGGACGCCUCGGUGCUCUCCCUGAUCCCAGUGCUGGGCCCAAGCCUCAGGGUGCUGGACUUAUCCUCCUGUGUGGCUCUCACCAACCAGACCAUGCAGGCCAUCUGCACCUACCUCACCCAGCUCUCAGUCCUGCGCCUGGCCUGGUGCAAGGAGCUCCAGGACUGGGGGCUUCUGGGGCUGCAGGAACCAAGUGAGGAGACUUCGCAGGGGCCCCAGCCACACCGAGAGCUGGAACAUCAGGCCUCCAGCCUCAAGGAUCCUUCUCCCCAGCCACAGGGCCCCUCCCUGCUCAUGCUGCAGGCCCUGCGGGAGUUGGACCUCACAGCCUGCAGCAAGCUGACUGAUGCCAGUUUGACCAAGGUGCUCCAGUUCCCCCAGCUGAGGCGGCUCUCCCUGAGUCUGUUGCCAGCACUCACGGACAAGGGCUUGGUCGCUGUGGCCAGGGGCUGCCCCAGCCUGGAGCGCUUGGCACUGAGUCACUGCAGCCUCCUCAGUGACGAAGGCUGGGCCCAGGCAGCCGGCUCCUGGCCGAGGCUGCAGCACCUCAACCUGUCCAGUUGCAGUCAGCUCACAGCACGAACUUUGGAUUCCAUUGGGCAGGCGUGCAGGCAGCUCCAGAUGGUAGAUGUGGCCCUGUGUCCUGGCAUCAGCAUAGCUUCCGUUAGGCGGUUCCAAGCCCAACUGCCCCAGGUGACCUGCGUCCAGUCCCGCUUCGUGGGAGGGGCUGACCUGACCCUAACACUCUGAGGACAGGUCAGUACCAGCCCUGUGGCUCAGCCUGUUACCUCCGGUGUCCCCAGCCCUGGCCUCUUGACCUAGAGUUUGACACAGUGCCUCCUGCCUCCUGCUAGUAUCCCAGAGCCCCUUUCUCAAGCUCUAAACCCCUUUUCUAGGACUUGGGCUUCCUGCCCCUGUCCCAAGCCCAGCAGGAACUUUGUCCAGCUACAUGUCACUGUCCUGGGCCCCUAGAAGUACCACCUCCCGCUCUCCUGUCCAGGCCUAGGUCCAGAGGCCAGGCCCACAGGGAGGCUGGGUCUGGUGCUGGGGAGGAGCAGACUCUGCUCUUGCCCAGCCCAUUUCUCACACUAAGGCCUGUGCCCCACCUGGUUCCUCUCAGGAGCUCUUCCGCCCCCCACCAGCACUGAACUUCAGCAGCCAAGCCACAGUCUUUGUUGUACACCCAACAAGAUUAAAAAUUCCAGAUCGUA